AUGUCUAUCUAUUUUAUUCUGUUUAAGUCUAUCUCAUUUAGUUCACCUCUAUCUGUUCAUCUAUUUAACUAUAACUUCAAUAUAGAUCUAUCUAUCUAUCUAUCUAUCUAUCUAUCUAUCUAUCUAUCUAUCUAUCUAUCUAUCUAUCUAUCUAUCAUAGUCUCUUCAUUAUCUAUCUAUCUAUCUAUCUAUCUGAAGAAAUAUCAUUGUAGGUCUAUUAAUAUCUAUUUAUGUAUCGUCUAUCUCCUCACAUCUAUCUAUCUAUCUAUCUAUCUAUCUAUCUAUCUGUUUUCCAUCUCCAUCCUUUUCGUAAUCUUAAUCCCUUGCAAGUCACGGACCCGGAGAAGAAAAGAAGAUUCUAAUUUUGCAAACCGUGCCAAAUGGAACCUCUUCUGUGAAGUUCUUUCUCCCGACUCUACUUUUUACUUCCUACACCCGUCCCUCCUCGCCAACGCCCAUCUCCUUAUUUCACACCACUUGAAUUAUCUAUCUAUCUAUCUAUCUAUCUAUCUAUCUAUCUAUCUAUCUAUCUAUCUAUCUAUCUAUCUGAGCCUGUUCAUUAUCUAUCACACGCUAUUCAUAUCUAUCUAUUUAUCUAUCUAUCUUGGGGGCCUGGCCAUCUAUCUAUCUAUCUAUCUAUCUAUCUAUCUAUCUAUCUCAUUCUGUUCAUAUCUAUCUAUUUACCUACCUACCUAUCUCAUUCUGUUAAGUGAAUAUAGCGAACCCAACUAG